CUUCUUGAGGACAAACAGCUGGAAAUACCACCGAGUAAUUUCUAUGCUUAUACUUCUGGGGCCACUUCGUUAAAGGCAAUAAACUGGAGUAACUCCAUAUAUUUAAUUUCUGUCGACCUCAACUUUAAGGUCAACAGGUUAAAAUCGUAAGCCAAGCCGGGCGGUGGUGGCGCACGCCUUUAAUCCCAGCACUCGGGAGGCAGAGGCAGGCGGAUCUCUGUGAGUUCGAGACCAGCCUGGUCUACAGAGCUAGUUCCAGGACAGGCUCGAAAGCCACAGAGAAACCCUGUCUCGAAAAACAAAACAAAACAAAACCAAAUAAAAUCGUAAGCCAAACCUUUCCCUUAGCGACACUGCUGUUCAAACUCCCUGCAGCAAAGGCUCCAGGGGUAGCAGCCCUCGGGGAAAACAAGUCCCGGGAAGUGCCGCCUCCGGGCGAGGUGGGCGGGGCAAGGGACUUCCGGUCGGAGGAAGGCGACUGCUAGUGCGCAAGCGCGAGCCUCAUUUCUCGCUUUCUCUCUUCCCCUCCCCCUCCCUUCCCCAGCCCGAGGGGUCCUGAGGUGACAGCGCCUGGAAGUGCGACUGGAGGAGCCGGAGGAGAAGAUGGACAGGGCCAGGCCUGGGCGUCGGCGUUCUUCGGCCGAGAUUGUCACAGAGGGAAAAAGAAAAAAGUCAUCAUCACCUGAUUUACAGGAGAUAACAAAGUUGUUAGCUGUAAAGUCAGAGGAUGUUCUUGCUCAGUCACCAUUGUCCAAACUCAGAGGCUCAGAAUGCUGGAAGCUCCCCAAGGGGUGGAGAAGAAGCCUAAGAAAUAAAGUCAUCUGUAUAGACCACAAAACCAAAAAAGGUGUCCAUGGGCAUCCUGUCACUUCUAAGCCAUCACCAGAAAGGCAUCUCAGAGUUAUGUUGACGAAUGUUCUAUGGACGGACUUAGGACGAAAAUUCAGAAAGACCCUACCUAGAAAUGAUGCUAAUUUAUGUGAUACCAGCAAGGUGCAAUCAGAGUCAUUGCCUUCGACAUCUGUUGACAGCGUAGAGACAUGUCAGAAAUUAGACCCUCUUCACCAAAGCCUUAAUUUAUCUGAAAGGAUACCCAGAGUUAUAUUGACGGAUAUCCUGCGAACGGAGUUAGGAAGAAAAUACUUAAAGGUCCCACCUAUAUCUGAGGCCAGUUUGAGUGGUACAGCCAACCUGAAGUCAGAUCAACUUUCUUCAUCAUCUGAUGGCAGCUUAGAGUCUUGUCAGAAUGUAAAUCAUCACAAGAGCUUUUUAUCUGAAAGAGGAUCAAAACCAAGAAAGACUGAUAACAUUUCUGCAAAGAAGGCUCCAAAUGUGAAAGAAAAGCACAGAGCUGACCGUGGCAUUUCUGUGACAUCUGAUACUCAGCCUAAAGAUUUUAAUCCUGAAAGUAAAGACUGCAAUAAUCUUGAAGAGGGGACCAGAAACAAGAAGACUUCAUGUUCUUAUUCAGAAAUGGAACACACUCCAGUAUCCAGGAAGAGAAAGAAAAGGUUUAGAAGUCAUUUACAUGAUUCUCAUAAUUCUAAAUCUUCUUUGGAUAAGUCAACAGAAUAUGGGAAAGAAGAAGAAAAUGAUUCCACAGCCUCCAGUAAGCUUGAGAAAUCAAGUGAAAGCCGUCACUGGGACCCAGCACCACCUGUAGGACUUACACCUGAACCUUCAGAGAGCGAGGCCACUAAUGUGUGCUCACUUGCCGUUCAAGAAGCAGGUGUCAGUGCUGCCUCUGGGAGAGCCUGCUCACCCAACAGAAGCCCGGAGAGCUCUGUUUCUCACAAUGAGGUGGAGGGUUCUUCCCCGGCUGAGAAGGGCGAGGAGUUGACUAUAGAAGAAAAGUCUCUUGUAGGUGGAAACAGUGAAGAGAGCCAAUUGUUGAUCUCAGCUGAACCAAUUGUUGUUUCCAGUGAUGAAGAAGGACCCAUUGAACGUAAGAAUUCAGUAAUUCUGAACUUACAGCCUAAUCGAGAGUUUGAGAUUGCAAGUGAAAAUCAGGGGACUUCUGAAGUACAUUUGUCAGAACUACGACUGGGUGCAUGUGAAUCUGUACAGGCAUCAUCUGAAUUAUGUUCAUAUAAUCCUGACAUGGAAAACAUUUCCUGUGUUAAACCUAAUAGUGAAAUGGAUCUGAAACUGGAUUUUGUAUUUACUUCUCUGUAUAUUGGUAAAAUAAAAGGAGCUUCAAAAGGUUGUGUCACGUUCACAACGAAGUAUAUUAAAAUCCCAUUUCAAGUGUCCACGAAUGAGGUUUUGCUGUCAGUAGACACCACUCAUUUAAAGAGGUUUGGGUUAUGGAAAAGCAAGGACGAUGAUCACAGUGGGAGAAGCCAUGCUAUACUCUUCCUCUGGGUUUCCUCAAAGUAUCUUCAAGAGAUUCAGACCCAGCUAGAAAACCCCAUGUUAAGUCAGCAAUCAAAAGCCAGUGAAUUCAUUUUCCUUGAGUUAAACAGUUCCGUUUCACAAAAAGAAGAAUUGAAAUUGAAAGAUAUUAUGAUGGAAAUAAGUAAGAGCAAUGGAGAAUCAGAGCUCUCCUAUCCGUUGUCUUGGGUUCAGGCAUUUCCUUUGUUUCAGGAUAUCCCUUCAAAAGAAAGCUCUUUCGUUCACUAUUACUGUGCUUCAACUUGCUCUUUCCCCGUCGCUGCUGAUACAGAAACGAGGAGGAAGUCACUAUCUCAGGACCUCCUUGUAGCUUGUGCUAACAGCCUGCUUCAAGUAAGGUCGGUGACGACGAUGAAAACAGAUGACAUCUCCCAUGUGCCCAAGAACUGUUCUGCAGGGGGGACAUGGUUGAUUGUUUAUCCUCCACCACCUACCAAAGGGGGCUUGGGAGUAACUAAUGAAGAUUUGGAAUGUUUAGAAGAAGGAGAAUUUCUUAAUGAUGUAAUCAUUGACUUUUAUCUUAAGUAUCUGAUGCUGGAGAAGGCUUCAGAUGAACUUGUUGAACGGAGUCACAUUUUUAGUAGCUUUUUCUAUAAAUGUUUGACCAGAAAGGAAAAUAAUUUAACAGAGGAUAAUCCGGAUCUCUCAAUGGCUCAGAGAAGACAUAAGAGAGUGAGGACGUGGACCCGUCACAUAAACAUCUUUAAUAAAGACUACAUCUUUGUACCUGUAAAUGAGUCGUCUCACUGGUAUCUCGCAGUCAUUUGUUUUCCCUGGUUAGAAGAAGCUGUGUAUGAAGACUGUCCACAAACUGCAUCCCAACAGUCCCCGGAUCAACAGUCUCAACACGACAACAAAAUAAUAGACAGUGAUCUGCGUCCCACUUCAGCGGUGUCCGCAAGUGCCGAGGAUUCCCAGAGUACCGAGAUGAAUAUGUCAGUACCAAAGAAAAUGUGUAAACGGCCAUGCAUUCUCAUACUAGACUCCUUGAAAGCUGCUUCCAUACAAAACACAGUUCAGAAUUUACGAGAGUAUCUAGAAGUAGAGUGGGAAGUUAAGCGAAAAACUCACCGUGAAUUCAGUAAAACCAGCAUGGUGGACCUGUGCCCUAAAGUUCCUAAGCAGGACAAUAGCAGCGACUGUGGGGUCUAUUUGCUGCAGUAUGUGGAGAGUUUCUUCCAGGAUCCCAUUGUUAACUUUGAACUCCCAAUUCACUUGGAGAAAUGGUUUCCUCGCCAUGUAAUAAAGACCAAGCGGGAAGAUAUUCGGGAGCUCAUUUUGAAACUUCAUUUGCAGCAACAGAAGGGCAGCAGUAGUUAGUUAAUCUGUGCAGACAUGGCUCAUGCUCUCUAAAUUUCCUGGCAAGCGGCUUACCGGCAUUGUGUCAGCUUAGAGAGAAGAAAGUAACUUGCAGUAGUUCAUAAAUUGUUGAAAUGUAUAUGGUAUCUUGUUUGAGUCGUUGGGCUCUCACAGCUGCAGGUGUCAUAGAAGCACUUAUAGAAAUUAAAAUUUCAUAAAUAUAUUUUUAUGAUUAAAUAUGCUUGGAUUAUGCAAUAGCGUAUGUAAUGUGGGAAUGUUUUCGUAAGUAAUAAAUCUAUGUGAUCUGUACUUCCACAUGACUGGGUGUUGAUGGGAGGUGGGUUCUCCCUGGUGCCAGCCCCAGGACUUGUCAGAUUUGUUGGCAAGUCACAUCAUAUUGUAACUCUGUUCUUUGCAGCUCAAGCAUGCAGUAUGAAUACUGUGUAUUUUUUUUAAAAAGAACUUAGUAUCAAGGCUUCAGAAAAUGCCAUUCACGGCAUCCCUUCUGUAUAGUAUGAAAAAAGGAAAACCAUUAGAUACAAAUUUACCCUUUCAAAGUGCAGCUUAUUAUUCUCAAUUGCUAAAUGCAAUUUCCCUGCUCUGACUGUCCCCUCCCCCACUUCUUCACAUGUCACAGGUAGAGGACUGAGAAGGGAGUUCAUUUGUUCAGAUAAAUGUGGAACACACUUUAAAGUACCAAAUAAGUUUUCAAAAAUUAUGUAGCUAAGCUUUGUUAAUUUGGUAUAGCUAUAUAAAUAUUCAUUCCUACAUUAUCCUAGAAUGUGUGUAUACAGUUUCUAUAAAAGAUAAAAUUGGUGUCCUCAUAAUUUUAACAGAGAAAAUACUUUUAAACUUCUAUUUAUUAUUUAGAACCAAAUAUGUAAUUUUAUAGUUUGGUUACCCAUGAUUCAUCUGCAAAGCCAGAUUUCUCAUUUCUUUUAUAUUUUUAAGUUAUAGUUUCUAAAGAUUAUGAUCCCUCAGGGAUCUCACUCAUACAGCACCCAAUAUUUUAUUAAAUAUUCAGGUAACAGUUCUACUGAAUUUAUGUGAUGAUGGUGGUAUUAUCUAGUAAGCACUUUAGAAUCUUACGCUAUCAGAAAUAUUUUUAGGGAGAUACGAUCAUAUUGUUUUAUCAGAUAAUGGGUUUUAGAAUAUUAUUUUAAACAUCUCUUGGAUUUACAGUUAUAACUGUUGUAAAGCAUUUGAAACAAAGUCAAUUUAAGAUAAAACUAGGAAGUCUGAAGGUUUUAUUUCAAAAUCAAGUGACUUGGGUUGCCAGUUAGCCUUAGUGUCCUCAGAUUCAGCUAGUCUUGUCUCUCUUUGCACUGUUCAGGAUACAUGGCUUUGGAGAUUUUACAUGGAAGUGCUUAUUAACUGCAUAUUUCAUUCCCAACGUAUGUAUGUUGGCGAGAAAACUUUUUUUAAAGUGGCUGUUAAUUGUUUUGUACAUCUAAUUUUGGAAAGCAAGUGUUUAAGAGAUCUUGUAAUUUCUGACCUUUUCUGUUUGUGUGUUUUUCAAAGAUACCACUGUCCUUCAUCAUGUAUUGGAGACUGUUUAAAAUUUGUUUUCCUAAAUUCAUGUAGAAAUAAUGGUUUGAGGAUGUCAACAUUUUAUAUUAAACAUGUUUUCAAUUCAUUAAA